CGUCGGUACAUUUUGUGCCGAGCGACCAAUUAUCGGCCAUUACGAGCAAAGGCCGCGGGUGUGCCUGCGCGUAGCGUAGCCGCCAUUAGCGAGCCUUGUUUGGGUUGCGAUGGCGGCGGUGCGGGAAGGUAAUUAACAUUCACAUACAUAAUGGACGCCAAAGCCCUAUUCAUAAACUGCUUUGGGGGGGGGGGGGGGGUAGGGGGGGUUGUUUGGUGGGUGAUUCAUCCAACCCACCUUCUUGAGUCAUAGGAAGAACUCAAGCAGUUGGGCGGGUCCCCAUUUGGGUUGCUUUUGACAAAAGUGUUUUCAGAGGGGAACGUCGGCUUUUGAAAAGCGAAGUUCGGGUUGUCCGAUGCCGGCCGACGGUCGCCAUGGAGCUCCUUCCGAUUAGCCGGGACGCCGUCCCCUCGUCCGGCCGCUACCUCCGCCCCACCUCCGCCGCGUCCCCGUUCAACAGCAGCCAGAACUACACCGGGGAGGAAGGCGAAGAAGAGCCGUCGGAGUCCGGGGGACCCCUCGGCGGCCCGGUGGGGGUCCUGAUCCCGCUCAUCUACGCGGCGGUGUGCGCCGUAGGCCUGGCGGGCAACACCCUGGUGAUCCACGUGGCGGUCAACCACAGCCGAGGACCGUCGGCCACCAACAUCUACAUCCUCAACCUGGCCGUGGCCGACGAGCUGUUCAUGCUGGGCCUCCCGUUCCUGGCGGCCCAGAACGCGCUCCUCUCCUGGCCCUUCGGCUCGCUCCUCUGCCGGGUGGUGAUGACGGUGGACGCCAUCAACCAGUUCACCAGCAUCUUCUGCCUGGCCGUCAUGUCGGCGGACCGCUACCUGGCCGUGGCGCAGCCGGCGCGGGCCGGGCGCUGGCGGCGCCCCCCGGUGGCCAAGGCCGUGAGCGCCGCCCUGUGGCUGGGUUCCUUCGUGGUGGUGCUUCCGGUGGUUGCGUUCGCCGACGUGAGGCCGGGCGACGGGGACUGCGGCAUCGUGUGGCCGGAGCCGGCCGACCUGUGGAAGACGGUCUUCAUCGUGUACACCUUCGCGGUGGGAUUCUGCGGACCCUUGACGGUCAUCUGCAUGUGCUACCUGCUCAUCGUCAUCAAGGUCCGCAGCGUCGGCAAACGGGCCCGAGCCACGUCAUCACGCCGCCGCCGUCGUUCCGAGCGCAAGGUGACCCGCAUGGUGGUGGUGGUGGUGGCCGUGUUCGUCCUGUGCUGGCUCCCCUUCUACGCCCUCAACAUCGUCAACCUCCUGGUGGUUCUGCCCGGCGACCUGCGCGGCCUCUACUUCUUCGUGGUGGCGCUUUCCUACGCCAACAGCUGCGCCAACCCCAUCCUCUACGCCUUCCUGUCCGACAACUUCAAGCGGGGGUUCCGCAGGGCUCUGUGCCGGGCCUCCCGCCGUGUGCGCGGCCAUCAGAGGGGUGACUCCGACGAACGCCGCGCCACCGAGGAGUGGGGCGGCGUGGCCGUGCGCGGCCGCGGGGAAGCCGGCCCGCCAAACGAGAGAGAAGGUGCGGAAGGUUCCGCUAGGGAGAGGACUCCGCAAGAGGAGGAGCGAGGAGGAGGACGAGACGAGGAAGAGCCAAAGUCUCAAGAUGGAAAGUCAGCGCUGGAAAUCAGCUGCUUGUGACUGGCGUGUCCUGAGCAUGUUUUCAACGUGAUCUUAACAUGUCCAACCUCCUCCAUGACGUCUUAUUUUUGGAGCCUUCACAACAUUGGAAACUCUGCCGUCAAGCCCAAAGUCCAGGCUACUUUCAAAGCCGUACUCCCAAAAGCCCAAAGCUGUUGUCCCCCCUCCCAAAUUGUAGCCUUUGCCAUUUGAAACCUGCGUUGUGCAUCAUCGCAAUUUGAACUGCAUCCAUUUUCCCGUCCUCAAAUUCAAUUUUGUCAUUGGUAUUCUGAUUUGAAACCCUAAUUCGAAGCCUUCUGUUGAAAACCAAACCGUCUCAAAACCCGAUUUCAAUACCCUAUUCCCAUCUUGAAACCGUGUCGCCCUGUCUUUAAAUCCUACUUCGCCACCAUUUAAAUCCCGUCACCUUUCAACACAACGAACUGCACGUUGGUGCUCAAGUGCUCAAGCCGAGCGGGUCGUAAUGUGGCUCUUGUCAAUAUUUUGAAUCUAAAUGUAUAUGCAUGUUUCAUGUGUUAAAAAAAAAAUGCACGGGUGUUUUAAGGAAUGAACGACAAGAAAACAGGGAUUGAAGAUGAAAAGUAGUGUAUUGUGCUCGUUUCUGUGUUUUUAUGGCUGUGAUGUGAUUGCCAGAACCGCGCCAAGCAUUCAUCAA